AUGAAGCGAGACAGCAGAGGUGAGCCUGUGAUGAUGAUGGUCCAUCGAUGGAAUAGGCCAUUGUCCUGUCUGCUCUGUCGAGAGAAAAAGAGACGAUGUGAUCGGAUUCAGCCGUGCUCAAAUUGCAGUCAGCGAAAUAUCGAAUGUGAAUAUGAAUCACAUACGGUGGCUGGAUUGAACCAGACAGCUACUGCGCAGACAGAACCAGCUACUCUGAAUGCGGAGGACGUCUUGAAUCGACUUCAUAAAUUGGAAGAAGCUGUUUUCAACCAAUCACAGCCGAUCCCACAGACGAGGCACGCAGAUACCCAGAAUGCCACCCCAUUCGGUUCUCAUCUCCAAUCAGCUGUGGAUAAACCAUCCUUGGAUAUAGCAUAUUUAACCCGAAAUCUCCCUCCAAUCGAACAAGCCAGGGAGUUAUUCAGCCAUUUUGCCAACACUCUACAUGCAACAUUCUGUGUCUUUCAUAUCCCAUCAACGCGUAACAUAAUGGAGGAGGCAUAUCAAAGAAUGAUGCUAGGAGGACAGCCCACCUCGACCCGUUUACUGCUACUAUUCACCAUCUUCGCGGGCGCAGCACUCGCAUGGACACCUGAACUGCUAGAAAAGCUGAGAUCCACAAAAGACGAAGCGAAAGCAGCUUUUACAGCAUACACAAGUCUUGCGAUGUCUAUAUUAGACGAUGAUUCCCAGCCCGUAACGGCAUCGACUGUUGCUCUAGCAGCCAUUAGCAAUCUGGCCUAUCUGAUCACCAAUUCUGAUGGAUUUGCUGUGAAAGCCAGUGUUCUUCGCAUUCGUUGCUUGUUAAUGGCAAGGACCAUGCAGAUCCACCGUCUCGAUACGGUAAAGAGCCAAGAGGAACGAAGGAUGAAAGGGUGUAAUAUAAUCGAGAUUGAAGUCCAGAGACGCGUGUGGUGGCAUAUGGUGGCAACUGAUUGGUUGAGUGGGUUCUCAGGAGGACCCCAAGAAGGCUCAUAUUCAUUACAACCUAAACACAUGAAUGUCAACUAUCCAAGCAAUGUCGACGACGAGUUCAUCACGGAGGCAGCGGUAGAGUAUAACCAUCCGCUAUCUACACCUACAACCAUGUCGUCUUUUAUCUACCGAAUCAAAAUGGCAGAAAUAUGCCGUGAAAUCGUCGAUGCCAUGCCCUCAAUUCUCCUCGAAUCUCAAGAACCAGAAUAUGAUCUCAUCCUCCAACUGGAUGAUAAAUACCGAACCUUUUUCAAGGGCUUGCCAACUUUCUUCCAAGAUGACGAAGCCAGCAUCAGUCAAAGCAAGAGUAUAUACGAGAGAUACCCUCACCUCCCCCUCCAACGCAUCACCAUCCACUUUAGCGUCCAUACACGUAUCUGCCGACUCCAUCGACCAUACCAUCUCGAAGGCACCACGAAUCCGAAAUACGCCUAUUCUCAUCAAAUGUGUAUCCGCUCAGCUCAAAAAGUCCUGGAACUACGACGCGCAAUGGAUGAUGCUAGCGCGAAGGUGGGAAUAAAGCCAACGCGGUUCUGGGUAGUCACGCAGCAUGUUUUUCUCGCUGCGCUUAUCUUAGCUACGGAUGUAUCAUUUAAUCCAGAUGCAGUCGAUGCCGAGGCGAGAAAGGAAAAGGUACUCUCUGCGUAUCGGAUUCUGGAGAGGUCAAAAGAGGAAUCGAGUGUGCUUAUGGAGGGGAUUCAGCGGAAUAUGCAAACGCUUAUGAUGACGCUUCAGAAACAGAGAGCGCAGAUUGAUUUACAGAGUGGUGAACCUGCUGCUGGUGAGAUGGCAUCAAAUGAUGAUUCUGAGUUACUUUCAGCUAUGAAUAGACCAUCUGAUGCCUUCAUCGAUACAGACCUGGGAGACUGGGAUAACAUGUGGUCUGAAUUCCUGGCUGUCGCACCGGAACUGGAUGCACCUCAGUGGAAUUCAUUGUUGGAUGAUAUGGAUUUUAAUUUACCCGAUGUGCAAUAGUUGGAAGAAUAAAGUGAAGAUGUUGAUUUAUAAGAAUGUAUACUCGGCAUUUGAAGUCAUCCCG